CGUCUUCGGGCUUUGUCGGUCUUCUCCGGAGCGAGUUGUUGCUGCCUCUCAACGAUGAGUGACAAUAAUGGCGACGCGUUCAUUCUGAGUUGACUCCGGGGAACCGUGUCUGGCCGACGAAGGGAGCCUCUCGGACGGAUCGUGGGGAACCGCACUCGGUCUCAUCCAGGACGAACCAGCACAAAGAGGAUCCACCUCCGCGGGGGAAACCCGGGCAGCUUCACCCUGCUAGCACCGCCACAGCUAGCAACUCGCACCGCCAGCUAGCCAAGUUGAGGAGGUGGUGUUCCUGUGUGUGGAGUGGAGGAGAGGGACUGGGAGUGGGAUUCCUGCCCAGUUAGCUGUGUGGCGCCGUGAGGGUCUUUCAUGGUAACUGGUUUCUGGUUCUCGGAGGCCACGCACAGGAGACCCAGUUAGCUCUGUCUGGGAGUUUGUUGUCUAAACAGCCUCCACAGGCAGCUAGCUUAGCUUCCCAGCUAGCGAGAGGCUAGCUUUGUGGAUUGUUCCCGUCUCGUCGCCACUCGGCGUUUUGGGAAACUGCCCCCCCCCCCUCCUCCUCCUGUCUGAUAGCUGGCUAGCUCAGGCUGCUUAGCUCCAUAACUUGUACGAAUCGCUUGGGAGCAGCGAGCCCUCUUUCGGUAAUGACUACCGGCAGGAACAACCGGGCGAUGAUGGAAGGAGUCGGGGCCAGGGUGGUCCGCGGACCCGACUGGAAGUGGGGGAAGCAGGACGGCGGAGAGGGGCACGUCGGCACCGUCCGGAGUUUUGAAAGUCCCGAGGAGGUGGUGGUCGUCUGGGAUAACGGGACGGCGGCGAACUACCGCUGCUCCGGAGCCUACGACGUGAGGAUACUGGACAGUGCACCCACAGGCAUCAAGCAUGAUGGAACCAUGUGUGACACCUGCCGUCAACAGCCUAUCAUAGGCAUUCGCUGGAAAUGUGCUGAAUGCACCAACUAUGACCUCUGCACAACCUGUUACCAUGGAGACAAGCAUCACCUGAGACAUCGGUUCUACAGGAUCACCACCCCGGGCAGUGAGAGAGUUCUUCUGGAGUCGCGUCGCAAGUCGAAGAAAAUCACGGCCAGGGGGAUCUUCACUGGCGGCCGGGUGGUGCGAGGUGUGGACUGGCAGUGGGAGGACCAGGAUGGAGGAAACGGGAGGAGAGGAAAGGUGACAGAGAUCCAGGACUGGAGUGCGGCCAGCCCUCACAGCGCCGCCUACGUCCUGUGGGACAACGGGGCCAAGAACCUGUACCGCGUUGGCUUUGAGGGAAUGUCGGAUCUGAAAUGUGUCCAGGAUGCUAAAGGAGGCUCGUUUUACAGAGACCACUGUCCUGUUUUGGGUGAGCAGAACGGCAACAGAAACCCGGGCGGUCUCCAGAUUGGAGAUCUGGUCAACAUAGACUUAGACCUAGAGAUUGUCCAGUCCCUCCAACACGGCCAUGGUGGGUGGACCGACGGCAUGUUCGAGACCCUCACUACCACUGGCACAGUGUGCGGCAUCGAUGAGGAUCAUGACAUUGUGGUGCAGUACCCCAGUGGAAACAGAUGGACGUUUAAUCCAGCUGUGCUGACAAAGGCCAAUGUAGUGCGCAGCGGAGACGCUGCAGCCGGGGCCGAGGGAGGAACCUCCCAGUUCCUCGUGGGAGACCUGGUCCAGAUUUGCUACGACAUCGACCGCAUCAAGCUGCUGCAGCGUGGCCACGGAGAGUGGGCUGAAGCGAUGCUGCCGACCUUAGGAAAGGUGGGGCGCGUCCAGCAAAUCUACUCUGACAGUGACCUGAAGGUCGAGGUAUGUGGAACUUCGUGGACGUACAAUCCUGCUGCUGUCACAAAGAUCGCCCCCUCUGGCUCCGCUGUCAGCAACGCCUCUGGAGAGCGUCUGUCUCAGCUGCUGAAGAAACUAUUUGAGACACAGGAGUCUGGAGACAUCAAUGAGGAGCUUGUCAAGGCAGCAGCCAAUGGGGACCUGGCAAAGGUGGAGGACAUUCUGAAGAGACCGGAUGUGGACGUGAACGGUCAGUGUGCCGGACACACUGCGAUGCAGGCGGCCAGUCAGAACGGUCACGUGGACGUCCUGAAGCUGCUGCUCAAACACAACGUGGACCUUGAGGCCGAGGACAAAGAUGGAGACCGGGCGGUGCACCACGCAUCCUUUGGCGAUGAGGGCUCCGUCAUUGAGGUGCUGCAGAGGGGCGGAGCUGAUUUGAACGCCAGGAACAAGCGAAGGCAGACUCCGUUACACAUCGCUGUCAAUAAGGGCCACCUGCAAGUGGUCAAGACCCUGCUGGACUUUGGCUGCCACCCAAGUCUCCAGGAUUCGGAGGGUGACACACCCCUGCAUGACGCCAUAAGCAAGAAGAGAGACGACAUGCUGUCAGUGCUGCUGGAGGCCGGUGCGGACGUUACCAUCACCAACAAUAACGGGUUCAAUGCCUUGCACCAUGCGGCCCUGCGAGGAAACCCCAGUGCCAUGCGUGUGCUGCUAUCCAAGCUGCCGAGGCCUUGGAUCGUGGACGAGAAGAAGGACGACGGCUACACCGCACUGCACCUGGCUGCCCUCAACAACCACGUGGAGGUGGCUGAGCUGCUGGUGCACCAGGGCAGCGCCAGCUUAGACAUCCAGAAUGUCAACCAGCAGACGGCGUUGCACUUGGCCGUGGAACGCCAGCACACCCAGAUAGUCCGGCUGCUGGUGCGGGCGGAGGCCAAGCUCGACGUGCAGGACAAGGAUGGGGACACGCCGCUUCACGAGGCGCUGCGUCACCACACACUGUCCCAACUGCGACAGCUCCAGGAUAUGCAGGAUGUCAGCAAAGUGGAGCCUUGGGAACCCUCCAAGAACACAUUAAUCAUGGGCCUGGGCACCCAGGGGGCCGAGAAAAAGAGUGCAGCAUCCAUCGCCUGUUUCCUGGCUGCUAAUGGAGCCGACUUGACCAUUCGUAACAAGAAGGGCCAGUCGCCCCUGGACCUGUGUCCCGACCCCAGCCUCUGCAAGGCCCUGGCCAAAUGUCAUAAAGAAAAGAGCAGUGGACAGGUGGGCACCCGCAGCCCGUCUCAGAACAGCAACAUCGAGUCUCUGGACGAGUGUAUGGUGUGUUCGGACAUGAAGAGGGACACUCUGUUCGGGCCCUGCGGACACAUCGCCACCUGCUCCCUCUGCUCGCCGCGCGUCAAAAAGUGUCUCAUCUGCAAGGACCAGGUCCAGUCUAGAACCAAGAUCGAGGAGUGCGUGGUCUGCUCUGACAAAAAAGCAGCCGUGCUGUUCCAGCCCUGUGGCCACAUGUGCGCUUGUGAGAACUGUGCGAUACUCAUGAAGAAGUGCGUACAGUGUCGGGCUGUAGUAGAACGCCGCACUCCUUUCGUUCUCUGCUGUGGAGGGAAAGGUAUGGAGGAUGAUGAUGAUGCCGCUGAUGAUGAUGAUGAUGAUGGUGAUGAUGAUGAUGAUGAUGAUGAUGAUGAUGAUGGUGAUGAUGAUGAUGAUGAUGAUGAUGAUGACCGUACAGGGAGCUCUAACACUAUGGCAGGGGGAUCGCAGGAUCUUCUCCAGCCCAACAAUCUGGCACUAAGUUGGUCCAGUGGAAACAUCCCAGCCAUGCAGAGGGACAAGGACAACACCAACGUCAACGCUGAUGUUCAGAAGCUCCAGCAGCAGCUGCAGGACAUCAAGGAACAGACCAUGUGUCCGGUUUGUCUGGACCGGCUCAAGAACAUGAUCUUCAUGUGCGGCCACGGCACCUGCCAGCUGUGCGGCGACCGGAUGAGCGAGUGCCCCAUCUGCCGCAAGGCCAUCGAGCGCCGCAUCCUCCUCUACUAGACCCCCCCGCCCCCCCCACGGACUCUG